GGCUUCGCCAAUACCCUCGCUGUCGCUACCUCGCCCUUGACGCUCCCCUUUAUGACCAAAGGGCAGCGCAAAGAAGCCGUGACGGGCCUGAAAGACAUGAACAAGCAGGUGAUAUGCUCGUCGUUUUUCGUCUCGGCGCCCCUCGAUCUCAUGGAGCAGGCCGGCCUGCAGAACCAGGCGCUGUGCGUCAACAAAUGGGGCCAGUUCCGCAUUCUCGCCUCGUCGUAUGCCGCCAUUUCCCAUGUCUGGGCCGAGACCAUGGGCCUGCAAUUCAACGACGAGAAGAUUGAGCAGGACGAGCGCGGCCUCCUCAUGUCACACUUUAACAAGAUCAUGGACAAGGCGCUGCAGUGCGGCUAUGAAUGGAUAUGGCUGGAUCUGCUCGCCAUCCCCAAGAAAUCGAGCACCGCCAGCAGCGACCAGCGCAUGACGCAGGUCAAGACGACCGUCAUCAACAGUCUGCACGCUGUAUACCGCAAUGCCAGUGCCGUGGUUGUAUUGGACUCCUUCACCCUGAACCUGCCUUCCGCCGACCCCUUGCGCGCAGCGGCAGCCCUCGUCUGCGGCCUGUGGCUCACGCGCGUCUGGACCUACCAGGAAGCCAAGCUCGCGCAAAAAGCCCUGAUAGUAACCGCCACGCACGUCGUCAGUCUCACAGACAUCAUCUCGAUCCUGUGGACCCAGUCCCAGACUAACCCCUCCAAAUGGAACGAGCUCUACAAGACAUUUGCCAGACUCCAGCCCGUCCACAGCGUCGGCAUCAACCUCGCCGACAUUGCCCUGUCAUCCACCAACCGCAGAACAGAGAACCAAGUCGACUACGCCCGCGGCUACUACGCGCUACUCGGCCUGCAGUGGCAAAAGGGCUGGACGUAUGAAGACGGCAUCCUGCACAUUUACCGCUCGCGGCCCCACGAAGUCGCCAUGCUCGUCUCCAUGCACAGCCCACGCGGUCUCCCCCAGCCGCUGUCCUGGGCACCCCGCUUCCUCGCUCAGGAACAAGGCGCCUCGCAAGCACCGUAUGCCUACAAUUUCAACGGCACGGGGCUGGCCGGCCCCUGGUACACGGCCCUCGUGCGGGGCCUCGUGCGCACCGCCGCGUAUGGAAAGCCCAACAUGGAUGCCAAAGAGGACAAUAAGCUGGCAUUUCAGCUGCGGGUCGAGGACGCUGCUGGCGCGCUUCAAACAGCCGUAGUAGUCACCUGGGACUUGGACUGGACCCCUAGGCUGCGUGAAUGGGUCGGCCUCAUCGACACGGGGAGCGCGAGACUCAUCUGUCCAUCUCCCAUGGCUUCCUAUCAGUCAGGUCAUUUUCCCUCGGUAUUGCUGGCCAUCCAGAGGCCGUCAAUGCCUGGAUACGAAGCAGUCGGUCAUGUUUCAGAAAGCGCCAUCUUGGUCAAUGGCAAUGUUACCGCCCCACGCCUGCAGUGGUUGCUGACAUAGCUCCACAAACAUGCCUCACUAUGCUGGUUGUUCAUCUCUGACUAAGACCAAACUUCUGCUUGCAUCUAAUGAAUUAAUGAAAAGAUACCUACAAGAAUCCACAAUUUCCUACUACG